AUGGCGCCACAACUCGCUUGGAUUGGCCUCGGCAACAUGGGCAGGGGCAUGUGCAAAAACUUGGUUGAGAAGGGCAACCUUGACAAACCCCUGAUCCUUUACAACCGCACAAAAUCUCGCUCCGAAGAUCUCGCCUCUAAACUUGGUGGUUCCAAGACAAAAGUUGUUGACACCAUCAGCGAUGCAGUCAAGUCUUCCGACAUCAUCUUCAUGUGUCUGGGCGAUGAUGCAGCUGUCAAUUCUGCUGUUGAUGCGAUGCUCGAAGCCGGUGUUAAUGGCAAACUCGUUGUAGACUGCUCUACCGUGCACCCUGAUACAACAAAUGGACUAGAGAAGAAGAUAACAGAAAAAGGUGGUGAAUUCGUAGGCAUGCCUGUGUUCGGCGCCCCAGCCAUGGCAGAUAAUGGCCAACUGGUUUGUGUGUCGGCAGGCUCAAAGGCCUCUUGCGAAAAAGCAGUCCCGUAUACGACAGGUGUGAUGGGCCGCGCAAAUAUCGACUUCUCAGGGCAACCAGCAGGAAAUGCUACACUCAUGAAGGUCAUCGGCAACACUUUCAUCCUUAACAUGGUCUCUCAGCUGUCCGAGGGCCACGUUCUAGCUGAAAAAUCUGGACUCGGAGUAGACAACCUCCACACGUUCAUCUCCACAAUGUUUCCCGGCCCUUACACAGCGUACUCGCAGCGCAUGUUGGCAGGGGACUACUACCAGCGCGAGGAACCCCUCUUCCACAUUGAUCUAGCGAGAAAGGAUGCAAGACAUGCCAUGUCACUGGCGGAAAGCAGUGGCGCGAAGGAGAGCAUGAAGAUGCUGAAACUAGCGCAGGGAAGGUUGGACGGUGUGAAGAGUGAGAUCGGCGAUAAAGGAGAUAUCCCAAGUGUGUAUGGAGUUGUAAGGAAGGAGAGCGGAUUGGAUUUCAAGAACAAGGGCUAG